UUCACCACCAACUGUUCCUUCACACAAUAGCUACCUAGCCACAGAGCCAAGGGAUCGAGCACACUAAGCUAGAAGAUGGCCGGCGGAAUUGUGACCGUGGCUGGCGGGGUGAUGAACCCCCUCAUCAGCAAGCUCACCACACUCAUGGGCGAUGAGUACAAGAAGUUCAAAGGGGUCAGGAAGCAGGCCUCAUUCCUCCAGAAGGAACUCAGCGCCAUGAACGCUGCCCUUCACAAGCUAGAGCUCAUUGAUGAGAUCAAUCCAACCAUUAAGGACUGGAGAGAUGAUGUCAGGGAGAUGGCAUACGACAUGGAGAAUUGCAUCGAUGACUUCAUCCGCCAAUCUCGAGCUGAUAAUGCCAAGGGAGGCUUUAUCAAGAAGACUGCUCGAUGCGUCAACAAGUUGCGAGAGCGAAUUCGGAUUGCGCACCAGAUGGAAGAACUGAAGACUCUCGCAUUAGAUGCAAAGGAUCGGCACGAGAGGUAUGAAAUUGAUAAUUGGAAGCCUGCCUCUGGCUCUGUGGUUGUAGAUCCUCGGUUGCGGGCAAUCUACGAGGAGGUAGAUACUCUAGUGGGCAUUGAUGUCCCAAGGGAGGAGAUUUCCAUUCGGUUGAUGGAUACUCAGAAGAAACUCAAGGUGGUGGCCAUCGUGGGUUUUGGUGGUCUUGGUAAAACUACAGUUGCCAAGCAGGUUUACGACAAGAUUGCCUCACAAUUCAAUUGCAAGGCAUUCUUUUCAGUUUCACAGAGGCCUCAUAUGGCUGAAUUACUCAACAAUUUCCAACUUAAACUAGGGAUGAACGGUCCCCGUUCAUCUCACACUCGCAAGGUUGAAGACAUGAUUGAAGAGAUACGGGGGCAUCUCAACAAAAAGAGGUACCUUAUUGUUAUUGAUGAUGUGUGGGAUAAAUCCUCAUGGAAUAUUCUUAAGUGUGCUCUCCGCGAAGAUAAUAAUGGAAGUAGAGUAAUAGUUACAACCCGAUUGGUAGGUGUGGCAAGUGCAGCCUGCCAGAAUGAUUGUGAGGGAAUUUACAGACUGAAACCCCUCAAUGAACAAAACUCAAGAAUGUUAUUUUUGAAUAGAAUAUUUGGGUCUGAACAUGGUUGUCUAGUCCAACUUAAAGAAGUCAUGGCUGAUAUUUUGAAGAAGUGCAAUGGAUUGCCACUUGCACUUAUCACAAUAGCUAGCCUAUUAGCUAGUGAAGAAAGAUCAAUAAAGGGUUGGGAGAGUAUAAGGGAUUCUUUGGGUGCUUUGUCUGCCACAAAUCCCACCUUGGAAGAGAUGAAGAGUAUAUUAUACCUUAGCUACAAGCAGCUUCCUGCUCAUCUGCGGGCAUGUUUGUUGUACCUUGGUAUGUAUCCUGAAGACCGUGAGAUUUCAAGGGAUGAUUUGGUUCGACAGUGGAUAGCUGAAGGGUUACUAGUUCAUAAUUUGCAUGUGACAGAUCUAGAGGAUUUGGGGAGGAGUUAUUUCAAUGAGCUCAUCAACAGAAGCAUGAUUGAUCCUUGUAAAACUGAGUAUGGAGAAGUGUUGUCUUUCAGGGUGCAUGAUAUAAUGUUAGAUUUUAUCCUAAGCAAGUGUGAUGAAGAUAACUUUGUAAGUGUAGCAAACAAUUGUGAAGACAUGGCAAGUUUGCAUGGCAGCAAAUACAAGGUCCGUCGAUUAUCUCUGAGAGGAGAAACAUAUGGCCCAACUAUUGAUGUUAGCCUAUCACAAGUUCGAUCAUUUACACAGUUUGGAAAGUUCAUGCCUCCUCCUUUGCUGUUCAAGUAUCUCCGAGUGUUCAGAAUUGAGGGAUACAUGGAAUCACUUGACCUCACUGCUAUUGGUGAAUUAUUUCAACUGAGGUAUUUGCAUGUUUCACGAGUAUAUUCUGUGAAGCUCCCUGCUGAACUUCAAGGACUUGUUUACUUGGAGACACUGGACUUAGAUGAUGCACGAAUCAAGAGCAUGCCAUCAGAUAUAGUCAGUUUGUCGCGUUUAUCCUAUCUUCAUAUUUGGAUGGAAGUAGAGCUGCCUGAAUUUAUUGGCAAUAUAAAAUCACUUCGUAGUCUGAUAAUACAUAGAAACGAGCUGACCAGUGAUCCGUUAUCAAAUUCGAUGAAGGUUAUCAUAGGUCUUGGUGAGCUCAUCAAUCUAAGGGAAUUGGAGAUCCAAGUGGAGUCUUUGGAUAAGGCAGAACAUGAUGCUUUGGCCUGCUCCAUUGGAAAACUCAAUAACCUCAAAAAUCUCAAAUUUUUAGGGCGUCAUAUGGAAGACAAUAAUCAACUGGGAUCAUUAUCCAAACCUUUUCAACAUAUAGAGAAAUUUGACGGUUAUAUAUGGAAAUUUCGUAGAGUUCCAUUAUGGAUGGGUGGUCUCCGUUACCUUCGCAUCCUUGAUCUGCGUGUGGAGGAGACCUCAACGGAGGAGUUUCAUGUUCUUGGUGAGCUUCCCUCCCUCGUUGAACUCAAAUUCAGAUCAUCACAUAUCCCUACAGAAAGGGCUAUAUUGGGUAUGGGACUAUUCCCAGUUCUGGAGUAUUUUGAGUUUUCGUCCAUUGAAGACGUUACGGCAUACCUGGGGUACGAUGUGGGGGCCAUGCCCCAUGUACGAACCCUUGCUCUCCAUAACAAGAAGGAGUGGGAUGGCAGUAUACCUGUCGGCAUGGAGUACCUGUUAUGCCUCGAGAAGAUCAAACUGCAUGGGGCCUACUCGAGUGAUGACGCCAUAGUGUCUGCUUUCAGGGGCGCCCUAUUAGUGCACCCAAACCGCCCUUCCAUUGAACAUUGGCAUGUAACAAAGACCUCCUAUGGAUCAAGCGCUGUUAUGCAGGCAGCAAUUCCACCGCCCUCCUUAUGAGCCAAAGAAGGUAGCAGCUCAACAGAGGGAAGAUCCUGCUGCCAAUGCUAUAGUGGACAUUUUCUCCCGGAAGUGUUCCUGUCCUAUACCAUCUGUCGAGGUGAUAGUAUGCAGAGGCGGGUGUGUGCUCAUUGUGUUAUGUAUCCUCUUGA